GCCGGGUCCACGCCGUCUGCAAGACUCUCUCCUCCCGUCUGUCAACGCUGAAUCCUGCCGGCCCAUUGCAGCCAUCAGCGGGCCUCCAGCAUCGGAUCAGAACCAACAGGUUCUGGAAAACAAUGGACGACUGAGCUUUACAGACUUUUUCCAUACAACUAGUGGAGAACUUUUUUCUUUUUGGUGUGGACAAACUUUUACCAACAAGGAUUUUAACUUUUCUCGAAAUCAACAAUAAAAGAAGAAGAAGAAUAUAUCAUAUUUGAAAGUCGUGCGUAGAUAAUUAACUCUCUUUCUAAGUGGCUUGUUGGGGAUGUUGAGCUCUGUGAAGAUGGAAGCCCACGACCUACCUGAGUGGAAUACUUUCUACAGUGAGGCCAGCGAGAUGUAUUCCUCUCCCAGCAGCAUGAACUCCGCCCUGGGCUCUGUGGGCUCCAUGGGCACCAUCAACAGUUACAUCAACCUGAACGCAGCCAGCGCCACCCCAGCAGGCAUGAACAUGGCGUACCCCAGCUCGGGCCUCAGCACCUCCCCGCUGGCCUCCAUGGGCUCGGGGGCAGGGCACAUGCCCCUCUCCCCGGUGGCGCCCUCCCUCAGCUCGGGUUCGCUCACCCAGCUGGGUCCGGCCACUCCCGGCUCUCUGGGCUCCCUGUCCCACUACCAAAACAUGGGUCAGUCCAUGAACCAGCUGGGAUACGCGUCGGGCGCCUCCCUGAGCCGAGCCGGGCCCAAGGAGAUCCCCCCGAAGCCGUACCGGCGCUCCCUGACCCACGCCAAGCCGCCGUACUCGUACAUCUCGCUCAUCACCAUGGCCAUCCAGCAGAGCGGCAGCAAGAUGCUCACCCUCAACGAGAUUUACCAGUGGAUCAUGGACCUGUUCCCGUACUACCGUGAGAACCAGCAGCGCUGGCAGAACUCCAUCCGCCACUCGCUGUCCUUCAACGACUGCUUCGUCAAGGUGGCUCGUUCGCCUGACAAGCCAGGCAAAGGUUCCUACUGGACCCUGCACCCGCAGUCCGGGAACAUGUUUGAGAACGGCUGCUACCUGCGGCGCCAGAAACGCUUCAAGAUCGAAGACAAACUGGCCAAGAAGGGGGGCAAGGAGGGGGGCAAAGGGGUCCACAGUGGAGACGUCCUGCUGGAGGACAGAAGCCCCAUAGGGGGCUCUGAGGAAGCAGACUCCGCUCACUCGGACAGCUCCCACCCUGGGUCUUCCGACGAUCAGCCGCUUCCCAGAAGUUCACUGGUUCCGCUAGACUGCCCCUCGCUGUCCUCCCACCUCCACAGUCCACCCCUGUCCCAGCCGCCGUCCACCUCCUCCUCCUCCUCAAUCCCUCCAUCGUCCUUGUCCCUCUCCGCCACCUCCGCCGCCAAUCCCAUCUUCCACUCCCAGUCCUUAGCGGCCGGCACCCACCUCCUGCCCGGGGCCAUGCAUCAGCACAUGGACCUACAGAGCGACGCCCUCAAAUCCCUGGACCCCCACUACAACUUCAACCACCCCUUCUCCAUCACCAACCUGAUGUCCAACGAGCAGAAGAUGGACCUCAAGUCCUACCAGGACCAGAUGAUGGCAUACAACAGCUAUGCCACCGGCUCGCCUGUGGCCGCCAAGCAGAUCUACGACAGCCCCAGCCCUGCUACCAUGGACUCUGGUGCCUACUACCAGACUCUGUACAGCCGCUCUGUCCUCAACGCUUCCUAAUGUGCACGCUCGUGCACCACACACACACACACACACACACACACACACACACACACACACACACACACACACACACACACACACACACACAAGACUUGCAUCUACAAGCCGCCAUGUUUGAUGGACCAAAGAAGGUUUUUCUUUUCCCAUGGAGACUCUCUGGUUACACCACGCACACAAACCCGACCAUGACGACCAAGAUGGACUUUGUACAAAAUGUAAAUAGCUGCAGUGUGUGUGUGCGCGUGGGUAUUUGCAUUUAUUUAUAAAGGGAAUAAAUUUUAAUAUAUCUUAUAUUCUGCUUUGUGGACCAGUUACAACCUUAAUGUGAGUUUCUGCAGUGGGACACGCUUCAUUCAUGUUACAAUCUCACACUACAGGAACGUUCUCCACGUGACCAAGCCAACUGUGGUAAAGACUUGAAACAACACGGCAUGCUGUGUUGUUACCUGGAGUGGUGAAUGCUUUGGACCCAACUAUUGGGGAUGGGGUGGGGGGAGCUAGUUACUAAAAAGAGAGGAGGGAUGCACUAUGGGAGAUUUACAUACAGUACUUUGCACUAUGGAGCUCCCACUGGCCAGGUGGGCUGAUAGUGUGUGUGUGUGUGUGUGUGUGUGCGUGUGUGUGUGUUACAAUACUAAAGGAGUAUCCCCACACUGAGUGGGUGUGUGUGUGUGUGUGGGGGGGGGGUCUGUCGGUGUAACAAAGGUGUCACACUGCGGUCCAAAAGUGCCUUCUUCUGUCCACAUGAUCAGUUGUCAAUAAACUGAAGGAUGAUAAAGACUUUCAGGUCACAUGACAAAAACGAAAGAUCUUAUUUAAAUGACGUCGCUUUUCAAACUUUGAAACAAAACAAAAAAAAAACUCAGUGUGUCCUUAUAAUAUAUAGUUUAUUUUUCGUCUCCCUCCUUGUUUCUGUUGGUUUCAAUGUGAUUACAUAUUUGACUUUUCCUAAUAAAAAGGUUGAAAACGGGGAA